AUGCACCAUCAAUCUGUUCCCCUUCAUCUUCUUUCUCGUUCCUCUUUUUUCUUCUUCUUCGUUCUUCAUCUUUGUUAUUCUUUUCCAUUUUCUUCUCUUCCUCCCCCUCCUCCUCUUCCUCCGUUUUCUUCUUCUUCUUCUCCUUCUUCUUCUUCUUCUUCUUCUUCUUCUUCUUCUUCUUCUUCUUCUCUCUGUGUACCUAUUUUACCUUCUUCUUCUUCUUCUUCUUCUUCUUCUUCUUCUUCUUCUUCUCCCACCUCCUAUAUCUUUCUCGUUUUUCUUUUCUCUUCCUCUACUCUUAAAUUUUUAUUCUUCUCUACUUUCUUUUCUUUUUUGUUUCUUCUCUCUUCCUUCUUUCCUUCUCUUUUAUUUCCGUCCUUUUCCUUCCUUUCACCAACUUUCUUCUACUUCAAUUUUUUUCUUUCAUCAUCUUUUCUCCUUCCUUCCUUUCUUUCUUUCUUUCUUUCUUUUCUCUCUUUUCCUUUCUUUCUUUUCCUUUCUUUCUUUUCAUUUCUUUCUUUUCAUUUCUUUCUCAUUUUUUCUCUUCUUUUCCUUUUGUCAUCUAUAUCUUCCUUCACAGUGGUAAUUUUUUCUACUUCAAUUCUGACCAUUCUUCACCCUUUCUUCUCGCUUCCUUCCGUCUUCUUUCUUUAUUCCUUCCUACCCUUCCUUUCCUUCCUCCCUUCCUUUUCUCUCCUUCAACUCUUUUCCCAUCCUUUCAUCUUCCCUUCUCUUUUCUCUUCUCAUCAUUUCUACUGUCUGCCUCCUACCAAUCCUUUGUCUUCCUUCCUUCCUUCUUCCUUCCUUCCUUCCUUCCUUCCUUCUUUUCUUACUACCCUUUCUUUUUUAUCCUCCUUCCCUUAUUUCAUCUUUCCAUCUUUCCUCUCUCCUUUUUCUCCUUCUUUCUCUUUUUUUCUGUUCCUUCUUUCUUCUUCCAUUUUUUUCCUCCACUCCUUUUUCUUUCUUUUAUUCCCCUUUCCUUCAUUUUUCUUUUUUUUCAUUCUUUUCUUUUGUUUCGUUAGUUCCUCUUCGCUUUUUUCCUUCAUUCAUUCAUUUUAUCUUUUCUCCCCAUAUUUUUCUUUCUUUCUUUCUUUCUUUCUUUCUUUCAUUUUCUUUCCUUGUUUUUUAUUUUUUUUUUUUCAGAAUUUACUUUUUUUUACUCAUUUUUGGAGACAGAAAAUUUUUUUUCGCCUCUUCGUCACUUUUUACCCAUGUGUCAUCUUUUACAUUCUUAAUAUGUUUCCAAUUUCCUCCCUUAUUCAUUCUCUCUCACUCUGUCUACCCUUUUUGCUUUUUUUCAAUUCUAUUUUUUCGUUCGUUUUUCAAGUUUAUUUGAAUUCCUUUCCUUUGUUAAGCCUCUUUGGGUCUCUGCCAGUUAAGCUUUCUUCCAUAUCUCGUUUUUCGUUCGGUCGUCCUUCCUUCCUUCCUUCCUUCCUUCCUUCCUUCAAAAUUCCUUGUUCUCUUCCUUUAAAAUUUUUUCUUCGUUCUCCUUUCGCUCCUUCGUUCCUUCAUUCGUUCGUUCGCUUCUUCCUUCCUUCCCUCUUUCGUUUGUUCAUUCGUUUUUCUUUUUUUUUUCUUCGUUCUUUCCUUUUCCUUUUGUUUGCUAUCUUCAUUUUUCUUUCUGACUUUUCUUUAUUUUUUCACUUUCUCUCAUUCCUUCUUUUUUAUUUUUCAUCGAUUCUCUUCGACUUAUUAACAUUUUUAUUCGUGUUCUUUCUCUGUUUUCCUUGA